AUGCCGAACAUAUCUGCUACCAUAAAAUCAGCUUCGUUGAAGCGCCUCAUAGUCUCUAUGAAGGAUGCUCAAUCAAGUCUUAACGACAUCUGGAGAUUUGUGGAAGGUUCCAAGAACGUCGAGACUGAUAUCUGCCAACUGGAAGUACGUUUGGAGAAACUAGAUAUUGCGUGGGAGAAGUUCUCAGAAACUUUAAUCGACAUCAAAUGUCACGAUGAUUUCGAUGACGAGGAAGAUUUUUAUGAAAAAGAGCGAGUUGAAUUCAGUAAUCGUUAUUAUCAGGUCAAAUCAUUUCUAUUGAGUAAAGUUAGAGAGAGACAGGAACAGUCAUCAUCAACACAAUCCAUUCCAGCUAAUGUUACCAUGCAACAUGGAACAUUAGAACAUGUCCGCUUACCACAGAUCAGAUUGCAAUCAUUCGAUGGCAACAUCGAUCAAUGGUUGAGUUUUCGAGAUUUAUACACCUCACUCAUACACUGCAAAACUGACCUGCCAGAUGUGGAGAAAUUCCACUAUCUGAAGGGGUGUUUACAAGGGGAGCCGAAGGCUCUCAUUGAUCCACUACCGCUCACGGGAGCAAAUUAUGAAAUCGCCUGGGAUAUGUUGCUUCAUAGAUACAACAACAGCAAGCUGUUAAAGAAACGUCAAAUUCAAUCACUUUUCCAACUACCCACAAACACUAAAGAAUCUGCCAAGGAAUUGCAUACACUCUUAGACACAUUCGAUCGAGCUGUCAAAACCCUGGAUCAAAUUGUGAAACCAGAGGACUACCGUGAUCUGCUGUUAGUAAAUAUUUUAACAACACGGCUAGACCCUAUUACACGACGCGGCUGGGAAGAACUUUCGGCAAACAAGGAGCAGGAGACUUUGAAAGAUCUCACUGAUUUUCUACAACGCAGAGUGCAAAUGUUGGACUCACUACCUUCACGGAUCGAUGAUCAUAAAAACAACAUUUCUUUCCACCCACAACAAAAACAUAAACAAACUUUAUUCAAAACUAGUCACUAUGGAACACAAUCAACAAGCACUAAUUGCCCUGUUUGUAAGGAAAAGCACUUUCUUUUCCAGUGUAAUGCAUUCCUCAGGAAAACUGUCCCAGAAAGAGAUGCAAUGCUAAAAACACACUAUCUCUGUAGAAACUGCUUCAGAGCAGGUCAUCACGCGAAAGUAUGCCAGUCGAAAAACUCCUGCCGAAAUUGCGGCGGUCGGCAUCACACUCUGGUCUGCUUCAGGAACGAAAACAGGAACUCCCGCGCUGUAUCCUCCGCUGCAUCCUUGGAAUCUGCUCCAAUUCCGUCGACAUCUGAAGUGGCGAACAUAGCAGCCACUGAUGUUUUGGUUUCCAGUGCUGCUCACUGUUUUUCAUCGCAGGUUCUAUUGGCUACGGCUGUUGUCAUAGUUGUUGAUAAACACGGCAAUCGGUACCCAGUUCGGGCUUUGUUGGACUCGGGAUCGGAAAGCAAUUUUAUUUCCGAACGAAUCAGUCAGAAGCUCAAGGUGGAUAGACAUAAGGCAGACGUGUCUGUUGUGGGCAUUGCAGAAUCCACCUCCAACGUUAAACAAACAAUAGAUGCUACGGUAAAAUCACGGGUGACGGAAUUUUCACUCACAACAAAUUUCCUGGUAUUAGCGAAGGUGACUGUAAAUCUACCAACGGCAAAUAUUAACACUAAGGGAUGGAAUAUACCAGAGGGAAUACAAUUAGCUGAUCCUUCGUUUUGCCUAUCUCAAGCUGUGGAUAUGAUUCUGGGAGUAGAAUCAUUUUUCGGGUUUUUCGAAUCUGGACGAAAAUUAUCGUUAGGAGAAGGAUUACCGGUUUUGGUGGAGUCUGUUUUUGGAUGGAUUAUUUCUGGUGGAGCACCCCGUAGAGGGCGUUCGGUUCAAGUCAAUUGCAAUACUUCUGCAUUAGAGGAUCUCAACAAUUCAAUUGCUCGGUUUUGGUCAUGUGAGGAAAUCGAAACAGCGGUUAAUUAUUCACCGGAGGAAGCACGUUGCGAAGCAUUAUUCGUACAAUCUAUUCGGCGAGUUGCCGAAUAG